CGUAUUGCCCAGCCCUGUCCAAACCCAACUUCUUGCAGCAGUCGUCACCUGACUUUAACACCAGUUGCAAAGCUGCCGUAAUUGCUGGUGUUUUCGCGUGGACUGUGGGUCACGCAAGCUAAAUGCAUGCAACUUUUCGUGGGGCGUCGGUGGAGCCUCAUUCUUGUUGAUGACGCGUCGAAAGGAGAAAGCUAGGCCUGAAGGUCUCAUUGCAGACACCUCGCUGCCCGCCAGGCUAGCGAGCCCACACGAGGCGAGGGCGUAUGUAGGCCGCCCAGUGUGCCGCUACUUUUCUUUCGAGGAGAGCGACUCGCCGGGCUGGUACUUUGGACGGGUCAUCUCGGUGGACGUUGACGCCGAUACGGCGUUCUUGACGGUUGAGUACGAAGACAAGGACACAGAGGAGUUGUAUUGGAACGAGUUCGUACGGUGGGCCGUGACUGAGGAUUCCAUGCCGCCCACCCAUACGGACGGCGGGGAAGCUGCGGGCGCCGCCGCUGACCCGCACACGCCCGACGGCGCAGCCCAAAUUGGCGGCGCAGCCGCGGGCGGCACAGCUCCGCGCAAGCGCAGUGCCUCCGCUGCGGGGCUGGCCCCAGACAGCCCUGAGUCGCCCACGCCGGUGCGGCAGCAGCGCACGAGGUCGGCCUCGACGGGCGUGCACGUGAAGCAGGAGCCUGGGGCGGACGGCGAGGGCGGGUCACAACUGGGCCCGCAGCGCUCGCGCCGCUCCCAGGCCUCCCGCGGCCGUGGCGAGGACGGUGCGGCGGCCGAGCGCGAGGGCGAGGCAGACGGCGAGGAGGAGGAUGUGGCGCGGCCGCGUGUGCGCCGGCGUCUCGACAUGGACCAGGCGGCGGAUGGGCAGCCGCAUGAAGCGACGGGCGCGGCGGGCGCAGGGGCCGGAGCCGCGCUCUCCAGUGCCCCGGCGCCACCGGCAGAUGGAGCCGGUGGUUCCCGCGCUGGUGUCGCUAGCCAAAGCGCUGCACCGCAGCAGCAGCGCUUGUCGGCGGCGGCUGUGAUGCAGAAGAAGUGGAAGCUGCCGCGGGACCCGCGCCCUGCCGGGCACCUGCGGCGGAUCCAGCUUAUCAACUUCAUGUGUCACAAGAACCUGGAAGUCGAGUUCGGCCCGCACGUUACCUUCCUCAGCGGCCAGAACGGCAGCGGCAAGAGCGCGGUGCUUCAGGGGCUGCAGGCGUGCCUGGGCGCCUCGGCGCGCGACACCAGCCGCGGCAGCAACCUGUCGGGCUGGGUCAAGGUGGGCUGCAACACGGCCAGCGUGGCUCUGGAGCUGUGGAACACGCGUGAGGAGGACACGGCGGCGGGGCAGCGCACCGUGCCCUUCCGAUACGAGCUGUACGGCCCGGUCAUCAAGAUUGUGCGCAAGCUCCAUUCCAAGGGCGGCGGCACUUUCCAGCUGUACAACGCGCACGGAGUGGAGGUCAAGCAGGCGCAGAUCGGCCAAAGCCCGGCCAAGGAGGUGUCGGCGCUGGCAGACCACUUCCACGUGGACGCCGCCAACCCGCUCAUGAUCAUUACACAGGAUAUGUCCGCGCGGUUCCACCAGAAGACGAGCGGCAGCGGCGCCCGCAGCUGCUCCAAGUACGAGAUGUUCAUGGAGGGCACCUGCCUGGCCGCGGCGCGCGACACACUGGCGGCAGCGGAGCAGAAGAUCGCGCGUGCGGACGCCAACCUGGCUCGUCAGCAGGGCCGGCUGGCUGAGCGGUCCGCGGCGGUGAAGCAGCUGGAGGCUAAGGUCAAGGAGCUGCAGCAGGCAGCGGACAUGCGGCAGCUGCUGGGUGACGUGGAGGCGGCCCUCAUGUGGUCCACCGUGCGCGAGAGCGAGGAGGGGCUGAAGGCAGCCAAGGCUGCCGCGGCGGCGGCGCCGGUGCGGGUGGCGGCGCUGCAGGAGCGGCUGGCGGCGCGGCAGCAGGCGCACAGCCAGCUGCAGGAGCGGGAGAGGAACUUGCGCGCCGAGAUGGAGGACACACGCGUGGCUCAGCUGCCGGCGCGGCUGAAGGAGCUGGAGGCGGCCAAGCGGGAGGCGGCGCGGCGGCAGACGGCGGCACGGCGCGAGCUGGAGCGGCUGGACGAGAGCAUCAGGUCGCUGAAGGACACCAAGUCGGAGCGUGAGGCCGACCUGCAAGCCCUGGCAGCGGCGGCGCAGAGCGACACGGCGCUACAGUCCCUGGCCGCACACAACGAGCGGCUGAACGCCAAGACACAGGAGCUGGAGGGGCUGCAGGAGCAGUUGGCGGCGCUGGAGGCGCGGCGGCUGGCGCUGGCGGGCGAGAAGGCCACAGCGGAGCAGGAGGAGCGCACCGCGGCCGCGGCCCGCCGGGACGCGGAGGCGGCGCUGCGUGACGCCAACGGCCUGCAUGAGGAGCUGGCGGCGGCGGCGGCGGGCGGCGGCGCGGAUGCGCGGUGGCGCAUGCUCACAAGGCGCUGGGGCGACUCCGCCAUGCGGCUGCAGGAGGCCAUUCGCCGCGCCCCGCCCAACACCUUCUCCCGGCCGCCCUUCGGCCCUGUGGGACUGUACCUGCGGCGCGUGCCGGGCAGCUGCGACCAGGCCUUUGCGGCGCUGCUGGAGCACGCGUUGUCGAACGUGCUUGACGGGUGGAUUGUGAACCAGCGCGAUGACAGCGACCGGCUACAGGCGCUGGCGCGACAGGCGGAGCUGGGAGGCUACAGGCCGCAAGUCAGCGUGGCGCCGUUCAAGGAUCGGGUUCACCCCUACAAGCCCGGCCCGCUGCUGUGCGACCCGCACACGGGGGUGGUAUGCAAGCGGGUCGUGGACCUGCUGCAGCCGGCGCCGCCCAACGAGGAGGCCAUGACGGACACGAUGCGCGCCACUCUCAUGUCCUUCCUGUUGGACAACGGCGGCGCGGCGUCCACAGUGCUGGUGGAGGACCGCGACAUGGCACAGUGGGUGGCCCGAGGCGGCCUGCAGCAUUGGGACGUGUGGACGGCCUACGACUUGGAGGGCACCAAGUAUGAGGAGCGAAACUCCACUCUUAUCACCAACGUGAAAGCCAUCAGGAACAGGGGGAUGUGCAAGGUGGAUGAGGUGGCGGCGGACACGUCGGCGCAGCUGGCAGAGGCCGCCCGGCAGCUGGCGGCGCGGAAGGCGGAGGCGGCCGCGGCAGCGGCGACGCACGAGGCGGCGGUGGCGGCGCUGCGGCGGCUGGAGGGCGAGGCGACCGAUCUGAAGAAGCGCCAGGUGGCGCUAGGGCGGCAGCAGGCGCGCUGCACGGCCGAGCUGUCGACGAUGCGCGAGGAGACGCCGGCGGCCGCCAGUGAGGCCCUGAGCGCGGAGCUGAUGAACGCACUGACGCAGCUGGGCAGCCAGCUGCAGCAGCAGGCCAGCGCGCGGGCGGAGCGCGAGAGCGAGCUCAACAACGCGGCGGCCAGCGUGCGGGACGUCGAGGCCAAGCUGGCCCAGGCGCGGCUGGACGGCGACUCCUACCUGGCUCGGCGCGAUGAGCUGGUGGCGGCGGUGGAGGAGGUGGGCCAGCAGCUGGCGGCCAGUGCGCGGCGGGUGGCGGACACGGAGGCGCUGCUGGCGGCGGCCAGGCAGGACGCGGCGGUGGCGCAGGCGCGUAUAGACGAGUAUGAGAGCAAGGUGGAGGCGUCGCGCGCAGAGGCGGAGAAGGAGUGCCCUCGCGCGGAGGGCGCCGCUGCUCUCGAGCGAGUCAAGGAAGCCAAGCGCGAGCGGCUGCGGCGCGACCGCGGCGCCGCGUCCCGCAGCCCACAGGAGCUGGAGAAGGAGGUGGAGGCGGCUGUGAGCCUCAAGGCUCUGCGGGCGUGGGUGAACCGCACCGAGCGCGACAUCGAGCGCCUGGAGGCAGACGGCAACCUGGAGACCAUACGGGCCCGCGCCGACGAGGCCCGCGCCUCCUUCAAAAUUGACUUGGACGCAUACAAAGCGGUGCAGAAGAAGGUCAAGGUCAUGCGUGAAAACCAGAGCCUGCGGGAAGUCAAGUACAUCAAGAUACGCGACUAUGCGGAGCGGGUUGUGAGCGCCAAGUUCCAGCAGUACAUGCUGCGCCGCAACUUCGCCGCCUCGCUGGCGCUCAGCCACGGCCCGCCUGGCCGCCUGGAGCUGAGCGUGCGGCCCACCAACCAGCAGGAGGCGCCGUCCAGCCUCAUGCAGCUCAGUGGCGGCGAGCGGUCGUUCACCACGGUGGCGUUCCUGCUGGCGGUGGGCGCCAUGCUCGACAGCCCCUUCCGCUGCUGCGAUGAGAUAGACGUGUACAUGGACCCGACGAACCGCAAGGUCUCCACUGCGGCGCUGCUGGAGUACGCCUGGCUAUUCAACAGCGGCAGCCAGCUGGUCAUGCUCAGCCCGCAGGACUCCAAGACCACGCAGGAGUGCGAGGAUGCGCUGGUGAAGAAGUGCCAGGCGGACCGGCGGCCCGUGCCGCCCAAGGACUUCUGCAAGAUUCUGGUGUUGCAGCCGCCGCGGGAGUGAGCGUGAGCGGCAGGGGUGCGAGGGCAUGGCAGGGUAGUGCGGCAGGGGUGGUGAGCGGCGGCGGUACGCGCGGCAGGCGUUGCAAGGGCGUUGUUUGUUGGGGUGUUGUCGUGUGUUUAGGCGUUGUCGCAAUGGUUGCAGGGCUGCGGUGUACGAAGGGUAGGCAAGUAGGCUUUCGCGAUUACAUGUGUAACGGAUGCCGUAAACUAUGUCGAUGUGCAGUACGGUUUGGCCAGGUGUGAAAGGGCACUCUGCCGCACGAGGCCACGUGGUGCUUGGUACUGAGAAUGCGUGUGCGCCCGUGGUGGAGGGAAGGGCAAGAGCCACGACGAG